UCUUUUUCCGAAGUUUAAAAUAUCGUGUCUUCUUUGAAAAGUUGUACUGUCUUUUCUUUAUUUUUUUUUUUUUUUUUUUUUAUCGAAAUCCGGUGUUAUCAGUAAAUACGUUUGCAGCUUUUCUUUUUAGCAAUAGUUGCCAUUCGUAUUUUGUGAAUGACACCGGUGGUCUACGUGCUCAAAAUACAAGAUAUGUUCACGACAAAAAGGUUCAAAGAAUUCGAAUCGUUCAGCAUAUAUCGCCACUCAGAAUCGUACUUUCUCGGCAUAAAGAAUCACAAGGAACUCGCCUUCUCUCGAUUCGUGAUUUAUACUCUUCAUCGCCGUUCUUAUAUUUACGUUGCCUUUAACUGCACUGAAAAAUUUAUUGACUUGCUGUGGUUUGAUUGUCUGCCGCAGUUGUCGAUUCAAUUACACUUAAUUUGUUUCUAAUUGAAUUUCAAUAAGCUUACCGUAUAAAAUGUUUAUUAACGUCCAAUAGAGUAAACUUUUCGGUUAGGCGAUGCUUAAGAUAAUUAAUUCGCGUGAAUCAUAUGAUUUAAAUUUCUUUCACUAUAUUAACGAAGUUAAUCGUUUGCAAAUCUUUGGAAUAUUUACAAUUGCUUCGUAAUAAUUUUAUCAAUAAUGUUAACGAUUUAAUUAUUUUAAACAUCAGCUGACUCGAAAAUUUAUUCCAAUUGGCAAACGUUAAUGAAUUUUCUUAUAUUCGAGUUGAAUCUUGUCAAACUUAAAUUUUUGAAUUUGAACAUUUCUUGUACAAGGUUACUGUAAGUAAUUCACUCGUUGUUUCAUUACCCUGUAUAUUAUCUUAUCAUCGAAGUUCAAAUUGCAAUGAUAAUAUACGUGAUAGAAAAUAUAAAUAUUUACGUAUAUACUUUUAUGAGUAUCAAAAAAAUUAGCCUAAAAUCUAAUCGCAGGUGACGCAAAAAUUUCUUGCAAAUGUUUCACAAUUUUGAUCACGUUCGUGUCAUCCAUACGUGUCGUUUCCACGUAAAACUUUUCAAACACGAUAAACGUUUUUUACGUUAUAUAAUUAACAUCUGGCUGUGUACUUUUGUUACUCAUACGCUCAAUUUUUCAUAGAGAUAAUUUCUGAUGACUUUCUCACUUAAAACUGGUAAUAUCGAUAAAACUUCUUUUCCACUAGACUUUCAUGUAAUUAGGAUUGCACCAAAAUAUAUUUUAGAUAUUUUCGUAUACUUUGCUAAAAAGUUUACUUCAGAAUCUAUUCUUUUUUUUCAAUUUUUCUAUCUUUUGACAUAAAUUCAGUUCUUAUCAUAAUUAACGAUUCUCGCGAUAAAUAAUUGGCAAUUAAUUAUGACUAUGUCAUAUGAAAUAAUUAAAGAAACCGUAAAAACGAUGUUAAAUUAAUCUUUUUUCUGUUCCGCUAUCGUUCAAGUGUGUUUCUAUGACCUAACUAAUUACUAUCUUAAACAACUCGAUGCUUCAAUUAACCAGUUAAUUCAAUUUAGCUUUCGCCUAAUUGAACACCCUAUUUCACCAUCUCUAACAAGAAUGAUCGGCUAAUUAAAAGGAUUUAAUCUCAAUUAGGUGACUAGAAUGUACAAUUUUUACAAUCAAUUUACUUAAUUACAAAUUAAUAAAUAUCCGCAGUCUCGUCAUUAGACACAUGUUCGCCAUUUUACGUUAUUCAUCCACCUCGACCAUUCCAAGAAUAAUAACAAUAACUUACGAGUUCGUUGGUUUCUAAAAAAGCUAAUGGGAUCCGUCAUAUAAAAAUACAAAACUGGGUUAAUUAGAGGAUACCAUCGCGACACGGAAAUAAGCCUUGGAAAUUGAUAAAACAAACGAUUUAACGCGCCGUCGCGCAUUCUCCUCCAACGAUAAUCAACCGGUCAGCUACACCGUUGAUAAGCGAUAAUUCAAAAACAUAUUACGCAUAUAAUGUGUAUGUGGAACGUGUUAGAUGACAGUGAGUAAUGAGGCAGUCGAGCGUUAAUUACAAUGAGACCAGACUUUCAAUUGCGGGUCCAGGAGGAGGAGGAGGUCCUGCCAAUGUUAGACGCGCGGAUAUCGCGCUAAUUUAGAAAUGACACACACCGUACCUAAUUCCACGCUAGUUAAGGAGGCAUAUGAUCGAAUAAAAAUGAGUACAUAAUAUGCACACAAUGAAAGUGUAUCUUAGCGGCGCGACACACAAAGCGCUGCGCAGCAUGUCAAAUAGCUGCGCUAAAUAAGGCUGCCAGAUAACAACAACUGUACUCGCCGGUGGAAUAAUAAUUGUGUUACGAUACCUGGCGUAAAUGUACUAUGGCAUUUUGUAGUGGUAAAGACAAAAAAUGCAUCUGUGUGUCUCAAGAUCAACAUACAGGGACUGAAGAUAUUCAUCGAUGGACUUUGCCGUAUCUUUAUGACGACCAGGAAGAGCCUGAAAAGCCUGAAUGGCAGGAACUCUCCACGGAGGAUUCUUCAAUGUCUGGGCUCGUCGGAUCUUUACGUGGCUUGGAGGAUAAUAGUGGGAACACAGGGCAACCGUAUCGCAGGCACAGCCUCGCUUUAUCUCUCCAUUCGAAUUUGGCCGCUUUUCCGCUUCCUAGCAAUCAAGAAGCUUCGCCUUUUCACGUCGUCGAUUCAGCACGAAGAAGAUUCAGUAAUGUCAGCGACGUUGUUUCCAGAAAGAUUUCUCAUACGAUUCGAUGGAGAACGGUUUCAGCUUCGAUCGAGCUCACAGUAUCACAGGGAUCAUCGUUAUGUGCUCAAUACAUCCGAAAUCGUUUAAAACGAUCUGGAAUUUUUCACCGAAAGCUGGGUCUGAAAAGAAUGAGAAGCGCCAUGUUGCUUCCUGGAGGUGCAGUCGUUGGUGAAGUUUAUCCAGAAUUAGUAUCAGUUGGAGCUGAACUGGAAAAGAUGCAUCCAAAUUUGUUCAAUCGUGUUUCACGACAAAUCGGUUGUGGUAGUUUCUCAUCAGAACAGUCUGCCAGCGAGGCCAUUGCCGAUAUCUCCAGGGAAAUGAUCAGGAAUGGAGAAAUGACUUGGAGCAAAGUGAUAGCCCUUUAUGCGGUUGCUGGUGGUAUUGCCGUAGAUUGCGUACGUCAGGGUAAACCUGAAUAUUUACCUGCUAUACAGAGAGGUAUGACGGAUGUAUUAGAAGAAGACCUUGCAGCAUGGAUACAAGCUAACGGUGGAUGGUCCGCUUUAGCAACACGAUACAGACCUGUCACAAAAGAAACAAUGUGGUAUUCACGGAAACUUAUAUUAUUAUUUUUAUUCACCGUCUUGCUCAUUUUUAUGAUCUCUAUAUUUUUAAAAUUUGUAGUUUUAUAAUACAUAUAAUUAUGUAAUAUAAUUACAUAAAAAGUGACUUAUACUGUAUAGUAUUUAAAUGUAAAUUCUCAUUUAUGUAAAAUAUUUGUAUAUUAGAUUCCAAAAGUUAAACAAAUCAUCGUGACAUUUAUCUCAUCAA